AUGUUGGAAGAGGAAGAGGAGAUGCAGAAAUCAAGAGGAAGAGGAGGAGAUGCUGCUUUGUUUUCAUCGCUUCUUCAUGCACGGCUCCUCACGCUUCUAGGGCUGACACCUCUAGACGCUUUGAGUUUGAGUCCAACUCCAACUCUCCAACUCCAAAUCUAUUUGUUAAGGAUGGAAAGUGAAGGUAAUAGUCAAAACUUUGAACAAGGAAAGAAAGGAACUAGGCAGUCAUGGCCCAAGUUUGAGGAAGAUGCAUUUUUGACCAUGCUGGAUGAUUUUGUGGCUGUAGGCCAACGCUGUGAGACUGGGCUAAAGGCAUGUCCUCAUAUUGAAUCAAAAUUGAAGAAGUGGAAAAAGCAAUAUAGUAUAGUCUAUGACAUGCAUCACAAGGAAGCAGCUGAAUGGAGGAGCAAACCAUUUCCUUUGUUUGAUACACUUUCUAAUAUCUUUGGAAAGGAUCAUGCUAACGGACGAAGAGCUGAAGUCCCUGCUGACAUGAUGGAAGAGCAAAGCAAUAAUGAAGUUAAUGCUAGUGAUUAUUGUGUCCAGGAAGAUGCAUCUCCUGUGUCUUUAAACAAAGAAGGAAGCCAAUCCAUGAACAGUUAA